AUGGCGGAAGGAAUAAUUGUCGAGCAUGAAGCCAGCACAUUAUCGUUCAGCCUGCCGGAGUUUUCCGAAGACGUUGACAAGAAUAUAAUGUGGGACGAUUUUCUUAGUAUAUGUCGGUUAAUUUUUGAAACUAAAGUCAAAGACAAAUUUCCAUGUUUUCUUGCUGACGACUUGUGGAAAGUUACAAAUUGUGACAUUAGAUUCGAGAAAUUGUCAGCUGAACAGGUGAACAGUAUCGUGUGCAGUGAUGUAUGCGCUGAUGGAGAUUCAGAUGCUGAGAAUUCAGUCGCUAAAAAUUUGUCUGAUAUUGCUGAAGAAGAUGAGAAGUAUGCGGAAAUAGUUGAAAGAUCAAGUUCUUGGCCUGAUUAUGUUCAGGUUAGGAAUUGGGUUUUCAAUAACAACAGCAAAAGUGGCAGCACCAGAAAUGCCGAUGUCAAUGCCAGGACAUGUUCUGAUGUGAAACGAUGA